AUGGAGCCCCAGGUUCCCUUUGAAGAUUAUGCUAGACCUCGCCCUUUGCGUACAUAUUCCCACAAAGCGAGGACUGCCUCGGCCAGCGUGCUUCCGUUGUUAAGGACCAGAGACUUACCGGCGAGCCUUGCUAGGAAGCAUCAACGUGAACCCGAGCCCCAGGACAAAAACCGCCAGGACAAUGGUUCAAUCCCUGAAGAAGAGACUAUUGCUUACCAAGCUGAGUACGACUUCGAGGAUGCGCAUGAGCUUGAAUUUGAGCCACAAUAUGCCUCGGAUACUUCCCAAAGCCCGGACGACUAUGCGACGGAAGAGGUUGCCAGCUUGGAGUAUAGCACCGACGAAGACGAAAACGAACGAACAACCCCUGAAGAAUCCAAGUCUACUCCUCCUUCAUCGGUGAAGUCCAGCAGUAGCACCAAGUAUAUCUCCAAGACUGUCACAGAUCAGUCGAAUCGCCUGAGACGCCGCCCAUUCUUGCUCUUUGACAAGCUACCGCCGCGCGGGUUCAAGAGACUGAAGCCCAAAGCUGAAGACAGCAACACAUCAACUUUGUCCGCCAAGUACAAACUCGGCGACGGGUUCUCCAAAGACGAAGCAAAACCAAAUGGGCUGGUUCAGUUGGGCUUGCGUCCGACGGCCAAGAGGAAAGCACCACAAGUUGAAUCAAAAGUGGGUGCUUUGGAUUUGACACAGUACAGUUUCACAAGGUCUCCCAAGAAAGAUCCCACCGCAAAUCAGAAUAAGAAGGUGACGAAGAAGAGAGUCUACGACAACUCAUUUCUCCCUGACCCCAAGCGAGUCGAACGUCAGAGGAAGAGACACAAACUGUUGAAGAAGAAGGACAACCCCUUGGAGGACAAAGAAAUGCUGCCGCCUACAACCGCAUCGACUCCAAAGAUUAUUCUGACAAGUGCUAUCCUGGGAGAAUACGCAAAGUUGGCAGAGAGACGACCACACGCCGCUGCUGUUGCGCUCUCCCAACAACAAAAACAGACACAGAACGAAGGAGAAAGUGGAUUGAAAGAAGUUGAUAUGCCUCCAUAUCAAGACGACAACGAGGAAGGCAACAUCGACUUCGAAGAGCCUAUUGCUCGAGAGCCAUCCGUUGAGCUGGGUGAGUCUCCGGCUAGAAAGGAGGUGGUCGCACACUCUGCUUUCAAUCAUCAAGAGGAAUGCCAACAGCAAAAGGCUACUCCUGGAGACCAUCAAGAAGAUACAGUUGAAGUGCUUAGCGAAGAAGCUGUUGAACAGCCUGUCACAGAGCCUGUCAAAGGACCUGUUCUUCUCGAACAGCCUCUUGAAAACCCUUCUGAAAGGACUGUCAAAAAGCUUGUAGAAGAGCAAGCACAACCGGCCAACCAUGUCCAAACAGGAGAAUCCCAUCCAAGGCCAGUCACCAUCAAAGAGAGCGCCAGCGCCAGCGACAGUGUUAAGUCCAAGUCCAGUUUCGAGCCGUCUCAACGUGGACUCGAGAAGCAUUCGAUUCAUACAACAACAGAGCCCCCCAAACUUACCUCCCAUGAUGACAGUCCCGGGGAGUCACACCAUCAUCAGAGUCAGGGGAGCCAUGAAGAUCAAGAUCAAGAUCAUGAGAAAAUUCAAGAUGCGCCGCCGAGUGAAGAGACUUCCCCAGGGUCAGGCUGGGAGACGUACGUCUCGGAGACUGACAUUCACACUCCCACUCCUCCAAGGCCUUUGAAUUCGAGAGCCAAAUCAGCGGUGCCUUCGGUUCCUUCGACUUCUCGCGGGCCCGGGACUUCGGGGCUUAGGAGGUCGAAUUCUGCGGUUUAGUAAGAUAAUAGGGGAUAAGGAAGGAGUGAGGCCUUUGUAGCUGUAUUGAGGAUACUGUUUGAUUUCGGUGAAUGGUGAUAAUGUUAGGUUUGGGAUGUGGUUGUUU